AUGACUCUCGGGUGUGACAGGGAACUCUUGAAUCACGGCCCGUGGCUGAUGCCUUUCCCAGGCCAAAGAGGCCUACCAAUUCCGACCACGGACAUACGAGACCGCAACCACGAUCUCUGCCAUCGCGACUCACACGAGCGCCCCCCGUUCAGCUUCGGCGCUGAAGAGAGGGAGGACGACAGCUACCAGGUGGUAGGCAGGAAGAGGCUGAGAGGAAGACCGACGAAUGUGGCUGCAGCCCAACGUCAGGCUCUCUUAGACCCCCAGCAGACCAGGAUCAACUUCGAGGCGCCGGGGGUGCGAUUCGCAAGCCCGGUAGUCAGCGGUGUCGACACCACUGCCCUGCCGCCCCGAGCGCCCGAGCCGGCUACCGGACCAACGCCUACCGCCGCCGCCAACCCUGCGGUCACUGCCACUCCGGACCAACGCGACGCCGAGGGAGACACCACGAUGGACUCGAUCACCGUCGCAGGCGAUGAAAAUUAA